UAUAAGAAUGCAUAUCCUUAUGACGCUAUUUCUAAUGGCAUCUACUUCAUCAGAAAAGGUGCACGUUAGCGUCGUGAACAGGUUGGGGGAUGGAAGGAGCAUCAACAUACACUGUCAGUCCAAAGAUAACGAUCUCGGGCCGAAGACUGUGGCCGAUGGUGAUCAGUAUGGAUGGGAUUUUUCUGUGAAUGUUAGUGGUACUACCCUCUUUUACUGUGAUAUGGGAUGGGAGAAGGUGCGCUCGUUCGUUUUUGAUGCGUUUGAUUAUCAGAGAGAUCGAGCUAGAUGCAGUUCUAAUUGCUCGUGGAUCAUGGCUGAAGAGGGUGUUUAUGGCUUGAACGAUGGUACUGGUUUCUGGGAGUUCAUGUAUUCUUGGACUAGUUGAUUGGUUUUUUCUUUUGGGUCGCUUCCGUGUGCUCUCUCAAUCGAUCUAAUACUUAAUUUGCUUGUCAAUAUUUCUGAAUCUUCCGACUAAAUUCACUGAAUUUCUUUUCUUAUGUAUGUCGUCGGUCCGAUGAAUAAGAAAAGGACGAGAUC